UGAAUCAGAAGAAGAAGAAGAAGAAGAGCUGGCGGGCAGCAGAAUGUAAACAGGAAGUAAACCUCUCAUAAAACAUCAAAACAUGGCGCGUUCUGUUCAAAGUUUCUGUUUUUGGGGGUUCUGAAGGGGUGAUGAAAAGAAGCCUGGAGGACGUGAGCCGUUAGCACCGGAACCGGAACCCACUUAAAGGGUCCAGAUUCACCCGGUCUGAGUCCUGGUUCUGAUCCUGUUUCUGACCUCUAAGUCUCAGCGAUGAUGGCAGACCGUGGGCGUGGCCGCAGGACUCUGAGUUUCAUUGUGGACUCAGUGGGGAUCAGCAGAGGAGACUCUCUGCCUCCAGCUGUGCAACAGCCGAUGCCUGUGUUCCCCGUGAUUGAGCAGAAGCCCCUGCCCCUGACAGGUGGGGAGGAGGCAGAGUACCUGACGGCACUGAAACAGGACUUCAGAGGAGCCAUGAGGAGUCUGCCGUGCUUCAUCCAGCCGGCCGCUGUGCACCGAGAUGUGGAACGAUACUCUGAUAAAUAUCACCUCAGCGAGCAGAUGGACGGCCUCACUGACUGGAUCAUAGACUGGAAGAGAUUCCCCAAAGAGCUCCGGGUCCGCAUCAGGAAACCAUCCAGAGAUGGGGCAGCACUCACCUGCCUGGGCGGUGGGCAGUCAGGAGAGAUGAAGAAGAAGAAGGUUGGCGAGAAAGAGGAAGUGCUGCUCAAGUUAGAGACACUGGAGAAGAAGGAAGAGCAGGAGAGCUCUGAGGAAGAGGGCGAGGGGAAGAAUAAACAGAAGGAAGAGGAGGCCGAGGCUGAAGAGGAGUACGACGAAGAAGAGUUUGAGGAGGAGACAGAUUAUAUCAUGUCGUACUUCGAUAACGGCGAGGACUUUGAAGGGGACAGCGAUGACAACAUGGACGAGGCUAUCUACUAAAACAAUGCUUCUCUGGGCCAUGGUUCUGGUUAUGACUCGACUGCUGAUUAUAAAGAGUUUUAUCCGAGUGUUCUUAAUGUUUUGUACGAGCAUUGUUUUUAUUAUUUAGUUUUCUUCUGUUGGAAAAAUAAACAAAUGUGAUGUUUGGUGUGGUUCUGACUCAGAAACCCACUGAAGAGAUCGCAGUGUACAAUAA